AUGAAUCGGUUUCUAAGCUGGAUCAAAAGCAGAGCCGAUCAAAAUGUUGUCUCGUAUUCGAGAUUCGGGUUGCCAGGUGAUGAGUUAGAUGACCGCCCUCCUCCCACUGUUAUUCAUGUAGCUCCAUUUCGUGAAGAUAGCCCAGAGUUCUUUGCCUUUGGUACUCAUGCACAGAGAGCAGCAGUGGUAUCUGCCGGUGUCGGACUAUCUCUGGUCAUAUUUUUGUUCCUCUCAGUCUUUUUCGAGUUUGACUGGUAUCAUCAUGAGAAGGGCGUCGAUUUGGGAGCACUUAUUGGUUUGCUGUUAUUCCUUAUCGGUGGUAUGUUGAUUCACUGGUACGUCGUUCAUGGAAUAAAAGUCGGUCAACCACGCUACCUUGUCCCGUUCAUCAUUGUCUACACGGUGGUUCUUGUUCUUGAGGCGAUAUUCUUCGUCUUCGUCAUAAAUCAUGUUGUGGUCUUAAGCUAUUUGAAAACGGUGCCUCCUCAGACUUCAUCGGGCUACGUGAUUGUGACGGCAAUGUUCGUAUUCGCUAUGGGUGUACAAGGCGUGAUGCUUACAGCAGUGGUAAGGUGUCGAAAUUACCUCGAGAAACGUCAAAUUCACGAUCUAGAGAUGCGUGUUGCCGAAAAAAGUAAGCUCCAGCAUCCCGGCAUCAUCAUAGUUUUUGGAGCUGGUGAUACGGAUCCGCGCAACUCACCAUCCGGUGCCGUCUCUUCCAAUUCCACCGUCGCUCCACCUUCUUACGAUAGUGCCACUCAUGCAGCAAACGGUAACGCCCAACCUGCUGCGACGACUGUCCCACAACGAACAGUGCUACAAGCCGAGGAUGGAAUAAUUUGA